AUGGAGUUUUCCCACGCCGACGAGACCUUCCUCGAGUCCGACGACCCUUAUCAGCCCGGCCUCGACGUUCGCACCGCCGCCAAGAUGGUGGCUCGCCAGAGACAAGACGUCAUUGCCGGCGAGCUCUCGCGCUUGGCUGCCGAAGAAUAUCUUGAAGACGUAUUGAAGCACAUGCAGACCAUGGAGGACGAGACUCUUGCCGACGCCGCCCUCAUCGACAUGCAGCGCGAGAUUCAGUGGUACAUGAGGCCCUAUCUCAUCGACUUCCUCGUCGAGGCACACGCCGCCUUUGUCCUCCUUCCCGAAACGCUCUUCCUCACCGUCAACCUGCUGGACCGGUACUGCUCUAGAAGAGUGGUUUACAAGCACCACUACCAACUGGUCGGCUGCGCCGCCCUGUUAAUAGCAGCCAAGUACGGCGACAAGAAGGACCGGGUUCCUCAAAUCUCCGAGCUCAGUAACAUGUGCUGCGGCCUGUACGACGCCGGCAUGUUCACGCAGAUGGAGAUGCACGUCCUCAACACGCUCGAGUGGACCAUCGGCCACCCAACCGUCGACUUCUUCUCGCAACUGCUGGUGGCGUACGAGCGUGACGACAAAGAGGUGGACUGCAUGUCGUCGUACCUGUGCGAGAUGGCCCUCUACCACCGGGAUUUCGUCUCGACCAAGCCUUCGACCCUCGCACGCGCCUCCCUGGCCGUGGCUCGAGCCGUCCUGGGCCGACCCGACGUCGCCGACCGAGAGCUUGAUCAGGAGGAGAGCGCCGUGGCCGAGGCCCUGUCGCAUCACCUUGACCAACCGUCGCCGACGCUGGCCCGGAAGUACUCGUCGCCAGGCACAUACCGAGUCUCACACCGGCUCGCCGAGUUUGCCGCAGCACGGGCCGCCGCCAUGGCCCAGGCUCAGCAGCGCUGCGCCAUUCCGCCUUCGCCGCCCGCCGAGAUGACGACGAAGCACGGUGACAUCUACAGCACGCCUCAAAAGGGACACAUGGCCCCAGGCAACUUUGACGGCUACCUCACCCCUCCCAUCACUCCCGACGGCGCCUGCUUUGCCGGCAACAUGCCCAGAGACUCGUAUCCUCUACCACCUCGGUGCCCCGUCACACCCACGCCGCAACAGCAGCAGCACGCCUCGAGCUAUACACAGCACGGCCGCACCGUCGGUGUGCCGAACCAGCAGGGGGUCUACCAGCAAUAG